AUUAGUUGUGACCACACUCUAUAUUUUUCUCUCUCUUCAGUACGCACUGUUUUCAUCCUCGUUUUCUUUUACUCCAAUUUUUUUUUUAUCUUACUUCAAACCCUAAUUUGAACAAGAAAAAAAAGAGGGAAAGAAAGAAACCCUAGAAUGGACGAAGGCGGAGCCCACGGUGAUACCGGGGACCAAUUCCACCGCAACGAAGCUAUAUCCGCCGUUGCCGACGACGGUUUCUUGGCCGAAGAAGACGAAGAUUACGAUGAUCUUUACAACGAUGUUAAUGUUGGUGAGGGUUUCCGUCAAUCUUUGCAGAAAAAUGAGGAUUCAGGAGUUAAAAACGACAAUUUUGAAGAUAGGAAGCUGCCACCACCGCCGCCACUGCCAUUGCCACCGCCACCACCACUACAGCCACAGCUAACAGUUCAAAAUGCCGGUGGGGUUUCUUUACCUGGUGUGGGUGGGGUUGGUGAAUCGAGGGUUUCUGGGUUUCAGAAUCAAGGGUUUAUAGGGAAUGAGUUGGGUGUCCAGAGGGGUGGAAUUAGGGUUGAAUUAGGUCAGAAAUCUGCUACAUUGAGUGGGAUUGAGGAACAGGGUGGUAAUGCUGGUGCUGGUUUACAGGGGAUUAUUGGGCAACAGCAACCACUUGGUGUUGGUGGUUUUGUUGGGGGUGUUGGAAAUGAUGGAGUGAUGAGACAAGGUCAAGGUGAAGGCGGUGGUGGAGGAGGAGGAGGAAAUGCUCUAUUAUAUGUGGGUGAUUUGCAUUGGUGGACUACUGAUGCUGACCUGGAAGCCGAGCUUUGCAAGUAUGGACAAGUUAAGGAUUUGAGGUUUUUUGAUGAGAAAGCUAGUGGGAAAUCCAAAGGGUAUUGUCAGGUUGAGUUUUAUGAUUCUUUAGCUGCAACUGCUUGUAAAGAAGGGAUGAAUGGGCAUGCUUUUAAUGGUAGGCCGUGUGUUGUUUCUUUUGCGACGCCUUUUACUGUUAAGAAAAUGGGAGAGGCUCAACAUAAUAGGAAUCAACCGAUGAACCAAACUGCUGUGGCUAACCAGGGAAGGAGGGGGCCUGCUGAGGUUGGGGCGGCUAAGCCGGGUGGUGGUAAUGUUGGGACGAGUGGUAACUACCAAGGUGGAGAUGGGAAUAAUAAUAACAAUAACAAUAGAGGUUAUGGAAGAGGUAAUUGGGGGAGAGGGAAUAAUCCUGGAAUGGGGAAUAGAGGACCUAUUAAUCCGAUGAGGAAUAGGGGCGGUGGGAUGGGUGGUAGAGGUAUGAUGGGUAAUGGUGGAAAUGGAUAUGGACCUGCUCCGCCUAUGAUGCAUCCUCAGUCAGCGAUGAAUCAGGGUUUUGAUCCUUCAUUUGGGGGUCCCAUGGGUAGAAUGGGUGGCUACGCUGGCUUUCCUGGUGGCCCGACACCCCCUUUCUCUGGGAUGAUGCCUUCAUACCCUGGUGUUGGUAUGCAUGGAGUAUCACCUCAUGUUAAUCCUGCCUUUUUUGGAAGAGGAAUGCCUAUGAAUGGUAUGGGGAUGAUUCCACCAUCAGCUAUGGAUGGUCCUAACAUGGGAAUGUGGCCGGAUCCAAAUAUGGGUGGAUGGGGUGGUGAUGAUUUUGGUGGUGGCAAGGUUGCAGAGUCAAGUUAUGGGGAAGAAGCUGCUUCUGACCAUCAGUAUGGUGAGGUGAAUCCUGAUAGAGCUGGUUGGCCUAAUGCUAUCAGGGAAAAAGAUAGAGGAUCAGAGAGGGAUUGGUCUGGUACUUCUGAACGGAAGUUCAAGGAUGAUAGAGAUCAUGAAUAUGAGAGAGAGGUACCUAGAGAAAAAGAUGUGGGACGUGACCAUGAAGAAAGAAGGAAUCAUGAAGAUAGAGAAAUGGGACGGGAACGGUCUCGGGACCGUGAUCGUGCACGAUCUCGAGACCAUGAUCGUGACCGUGAAAGGGGUCGGGAUCGUGACCGUGAUAGGCACAGGGAAGACAGGGACAAGUAUAUGGAUCAUCAUAGAUACAAAGACCGUGAGGAACAGCACGACGAUGAGUGGGAGAGGGGACGGUCAUCAAGGACUCGCAGCAAAUCACGAUUAUCAACACAUGAGGAGGAACACCAUUCUAGAAAAGAUCCUGAUUAUGGAAAGAGGAGGCGGCUUACCUCUGAAUAACAUUAAGUUCUUAAGAAGCUGUUUUAUUUCAUUCACUUGUGAUGGCUGCUUCUUGUUAGGAGCAUGAUUUUUUCUAUGAGAAAGUGUUUUGUAGGGACAAUGUUAUAGAAAGGCUGUUCUUUCAAAUUCUGGUUGCUUUUGGAUAAAAGUAUCUUCAGUAUUGGAGAUUCAAAGACAUGACAAUCAUUUUCUUACUCUGAGAAGUGGAACUUUACUAGCCUUAUGGAUUUAUUAGUUUUAAUUUGCAUUUAUGUUUUAGUUAAAGUACAUGAUUAAACCAACAAUGUUGAUGUAACUGGUUUAACUUUGCUGAAGCCUGUCAUUUAGUAGACUGUUGUAGAACAUUUUUGUUUGAAUGAUGUUGUACUAGGAUUUAGCAGAGGUUGUUGAUGUUGUGUCCUUUUUUUAUUGGCUCACUGUUGUAUCAUUUUUCCCAUUUUUCUUUCAAUGUUUUCUUCCCAACAUUUUGGUAGA